AUGGCUUAUAGCCUGGGAGUUCUGGUGGUGGUGGUGGUCUCUCCACCCAAUGAAAAUAUUGUAGUUCAUAAUCCAUCAAGGCCUUGGUGGGAAAGAUACCAACCAAUCAGCUACAAAAUUUGUACAAGAUCUGGAAAUGAAGAUGAGUUCAGAGACAUGGUAACAAGAUGCAACAAUGUUGGUGUCCGUAUUUAUGUGGAUGCUGUCAUUAAUCACAUGUGUGGCUCUGGCGGUGGUGCAGGAACAAGCAGUACCUGUGGAAGUUACUACAAUGCUAAUAACAGGGAAUUCCCAGCUGUUCCAUACUCUGCUUGGGAUUUUAAUGAUAAUAAAUGUAAUAAAGAAAUUCAUAACUACCAAAAUGCUGAAGAGGUCAGAAAUUGUCGUCUAUCUGGUCUUCUGGAUCUUGCACUUGAUAAAGAUUAUGUUCGGUCCAAGGUGGCUGACUAUAUGAACCAUUUAAUUGACAUUGGUGUAGCAGGUUUCAGACUUGAUGCUGCUAAGCACAUGUGGCCUGGAGACAUAAAGGCAGUUUUGAACAAACUCCGUAAUCUAAAUACAAAGUGGUUCCCUCAAGGAAGCAGACCUUUCAUUUUUCAAGAGGUAGAAUAUUUUCUUUUUAUUAUUUUUGAGAUUAACUUUAAUUACAAUGUUUCUCCUUUCCCUUUUGGACCUCCAAAUAAUUCCAUAUUCUCCUUCAAGAACUGGGGAGAAGGUUGGGGUUUGGUGCCUUCUGACAGAGCCCUUGUAUUUGUGGACAACCAUGACAAUCAGCGAGGACAUGGUGCUGGAGGUUCAUCCAUUCUGACAUUCUGGGAUGCUAGAAUGUAUAAAAUGGCUGUUGGAUUUAUGUUGGCUCAUCCUUAUGGAUUCACAAGAGUAAUGUCAAGUUACCGUUGGAACAGAAAUUUCCAGAAUGGAAAAGAUCAGAAUGACUGGAUUGGACCACCUAAUAUCAAUGGAGCCACCAAAGAAGUGACCAUUAAUCCAGACACCACUUGUGGCAAUGACUGGGUCUGUGAACAUAGAUGGCGUCAAAUCAGGAACAUGGUUGCUUUCCGGAAUGUAGUCAAUGGCCAGCCUUUUGCAAACUGGUGGGAUAAUGGCAGCAACCAAGUAGCCUUUGGGAGAGGAAACAGAGGAUUCAUUGUCUUUAACAAUGAUGACUGGGCUUUGUCAACCACUUUACAGACCGGUCUUCCUGCUGGCACAUACUGUGAUGUCAUUUCUGGAGAUAAGGUCGAUGGCAAUUGCACUGGACUUAGAGUAAAUGUUGGCAGUGAUGGAAAAGCUCACUUUUCCAUUAGUAACUCUGCUGAAGACCCAUUCAUUGCAAUCCAUGCUGACUCAAAACUGUAA